AUGCGCUUUAUCUCAUGUGGUACCAAUCCCAAGCCCAUCAAGCGCAAGAUUGUAAUUCUCGGCGACGGUGCUUGUGGUAAGACCUCCCUGCUGAACAUGUUCACCCGUGGAUACUUCCCCCAGGUUUACGAACCCACUGUAUUUGAGAAUUAUGUUCACGAUAUUUUUAUUGAUGGCCAACCUAUGGAAUUGUCGCUGUGGGACACUGCAGGUCAGGAAGAGUUCGACCGCUUGCGCUCCCUUUCUUAUUCGGAUACUCACUGUAUCAUGCUCUGCUUUUCCGUCGAUUCCAGGGACUCUCUUGAGAAUGCCCAGACUCGCUGGGUCUCUGAAAUCAUCGACCAUUGCGAGGGCGUAAAGCUUGUUCUGGUGGCUUUGAAGUGUGAUCUCAGAAACCAGGAAGAUGCAGAUGGUUCCACGUUGCAGCAACCGGACCGCACUAUUUCUUACGACGAGGGCGUUGCUGUUGCUAAACGGGUCGGUGCUGUGCGAUAUCUAGAGUGCUCCGCCAAAAAAGACCGUGGUGUACGCGAGGCGUUCACCGAAGCCGCAAGGGUCGCUCUGUCUGCGAAAUCUAAAGGCGCUACCCAGGAGGCAGAAACAAAAAAAAGCUGUAUUAUCGCGUAA